UCCCCCUUAUCUUUACAAACUCGCACCAACACGAAAAUAUUUAAACUUACAAAGAGCAUUUUAUCAAACACUUGGCGCGCGCACUUGUAUUAGCGCCAUGGAAGCCACUCUGCUCAGCUCUCGCCACUCUAAUCCCCAAUUCCUCCCACCUCUACAUGCCGGAAAAUCAUUAGUGUUUAAAUCUACAUCGGUUCUUUGUCGUCCACGAUGUGCUAAAACUACUCAAUUUUCCCUUAAAAGAACUAGUUCGGAGUUGAGCAGAAAGGAUUCCGGGUUGCCAAAGGGGCUACAUUGUUUGAAAAUGAACAGGACUUUAUCACUAUGUAUUAAUGAUCAGCUACGAGGUGACUAUUUACGUGUGAAAGCAGCAUCUGCAGAUUCUUUGAAUCAUGAACUUCUUGUACCAAAUACUGAUGAUAGUUCUGUAGACGAUGGAGAGAAUCUUAUGAUUUCUUAUCCUAAACCUCCAAGAUAUAAGAACAGAUAUUUGAAUUUUGUACGCAUGGGAACACUCUUCAAUAAUGCCGCUGAGUCUUUUUUCAAGAGUGAGAUACGCCGAAGAUUGUUUGUGACUGCUCUCUUACUUGUUAUGAGCCGUGUGGGAUAUUUUAUUCCUCUACCAGGAUUUGAUAGAAAGUUGAUGCCAGAGGACUACUUAAGAUUUGUCUCAGGAUCUGUUGAUGAACUUGGUGAUUUUGCACCAGAACUUAAGCUCUCCUUUUUUCAACUUGGAAUUAGUCCUCAAAUCGUGGCAUCAAUUGUUAUGCAGGUACUUUGUCAUCUUGUUCCUUCCUUGGUAAAGCUGCGGAAAGAAGGCUUAGAUGGCCAGGAGAAGAUUAAGAGUUAUAUAUGGUGGAUAUCGCUAUGCUUUGGAACAGUGGAGGGUCUGAUUCUUGCUUGCUAUUCUCUGCCUUAUUCCAUCUAUGCAGAAACUUCCAGGGUAAAACAUGUGAUGGUUACAACUCUUCUAUUGGUCUCUGGUGCAAUGACUAUGAGUUGGAUUUGUGAAAAAAUAACAGAUUCUGGUUUUGGACAAGGAUCAUCUUUGAUUAUCUGUGUUGGAAUUUUGUCUGGCUACAAAGAAACAUUACACAAGUUGUUGACUCAGGUUUCAGGAAGUACUCUGAGCUGGUGGCCUUAUGCGCUUGCAGUAUUGGUCAUUUUCACUGUGGUGACUAUGUAUGCUGUGGUUGUAACUGAGGGUUGUAGAAAAAUCAAGCUACAAUAUUAUGGAUUUAAGCUAGCUUCUAGCUCAAGACAAGGCUCACCUAUUACAGAGGUGGAACCAUAUAUCCCAUUCAAUAUUAAUCCAUCCGGAAUGCAGCCUAUACUCACUACCACCUAUCUCUUGGCAGUUCCGAGCAUUCUUGCAGGUCUUCUUGGCUCGCCUGUUUGGGAAUAUAUAAAACAGAUGCUUAAUCCUGAAACAUCUACUGGAGCAGGGCCAUGGGUUUACUAUACAAUUUAUUCGUUCUUUGUCUUCGUAUUCAACAUAUUUGACAUUGCCAACAUGCCAAAGGAGAUUUCUGAUUACUUGAAUAAGAUGGGUGCCAGAAUACCAAAGAUAAAGCCUGGAAAGGCCACCAUUGAAUAUUUAACGAAGGUCCAAGCUUCUACUCGUUUUUGGGGAGGUCUGUUGCUUGCCACUCUGGCAACUACUUCUAGCAUUCUUGAUCAUUAUUUACGGAGCAUUAAUUUGGGAUUCUCAAUAAGUUUUACAUCAGUAUUAAUCAUUGUUGGUUCCAUCAUUGAGCUGAGAAGAUCUUAUCAAGCAUAUAAUGUUAUGCCGAGUUUAAGCAAAGCUUUAAAAAGAUAUGGUGUAUAACAUCUGGAGACAGUCUAUCAAUUUUGUAUCAAGAAACCCUCUAUAAACGGACUGAUACUGAUCAUCAUCACAGAGAUAUAACCGAAGGUGAAGAGUCCAAGUCCUGCCUGUUAAGAAACUAUGGGGUGUACUUUCGCCAAUAGAUCCCGUUGAGUAAGGUUACGCCUAGUUCCCUACCCGACACCAGGAGGCUACGAAAGGAUGAGACCCAGUCUUGAUUGUCUGUUAUGCCAUAAUGAUCUAGUCUUGCUUCAGUUAGUAACAAAGAUGAGCUCUGCAUAUUCUGUAUAGGUAGAAAUAGUAUUUAUUACCCUAAAUGUAUUACUGUCUGUUGAAUGUUAAUUGCGUUUAGUAUCUAUAUAUCUGCCCUUCUUUCAGUUUUA